UUCCUUUACUAUUUAAACAGAGACGGCGUGUUUUGUGUUUAUGUCGCAGUUCUAUCAUCAUGUCGUGCUCUCCUGCUCGCCUCUCCGUCGUUUCUUUUUACGGUUAUCUUCAGCGAGGCGGAGACGUGAGAGAAAAAGAAAACGGCUUCGACAGCUGCUGCUGCUGGCGGGUCAAGAUGGGGGUCGUACUGCAGACUGAACCACAGGGUUCCCAUCCGCCACCUGUGGUUCUAAUUGGAGUCGGAGUUGAAGCAGGAUUUCCGGCUGAGCAGAAGAGCCUUGCACGCCCUGCAAAGGCUCCUGCAGAGGGACCAGGACUACAGCUGGGGCAACGAGCUGGAGAAAAUCCAAAAAUUAUACUCAACAGGUGGAGCCGUUUGACCACUGCUCUGAGGUGGCUUCUGCAACGCCUGAUUGAAAAGUUUCAUUUGCCUCAUCUGAUCAGCAGCCCGUUUAUGAGCGACUUUGAUCAGGAUUUCUGCUGCUGCUUUUCGGGUCAUCCUGACGUCCAGGUGCAGAUGAAGGCAGAGAGGCAGCAGUCUGUCGUUUCUCAUCAGUCGGAACAGAAAAGAUGCAGCAGCUGCAUGAAGGCGGCGUUUGAUGCCUCUCUGCUGGAUGCAGCUGCAGCAGCAGUUCGCCGUCUGAAGCUUUCUGCCUCCUUCUGACACACAAACACACCCUGAAUCAUCAAUGUGUCAGCACAUUAUUGCUGCCUGACAACUACCAGCCAAACUAUCCACUUUUCUGCCUCUCCCAUCAGACGGCUAAUUUUAUUUAUAUUUCGUUGUGAAGCCACAAGCUUGGAGGCAGAGCUGCUGGCUUUAUCUGCUCGGCUGGGCGCCAAAGCAACUUUGCAGCAGACUGUGUGUUUAUUUAUUUUUGGUGAAGUAAAGGAAAUAAGCUCUGAAAGAGAGAAGUGGGUCAUCGCCUCGCUGCGGUGUGUGAUUGUUGAGAGUAUCGCUUCAGCAGCUUUACCUUCACACUGUCAGCAGAGCAGCAGGAGACAAAAAACAUCCUCUGAAGUCUGACAGGUGCAGAGAGCUGAGACGCUGAAGAGCUGCGAUCCAUUCAUGUUAUUUUAAUUUAUCCAAUUACAGACAGAAACUCUGUAAAAAGGUGUGAACAAGUAAGAAAAUCACAAGACUGAUGGAAAACAAUGUUCCUCUUAUAAAGAUUGGAAGGGAUUUGUGUCUUUCUUCCUCCACAGAGCAGAAAAUCAUGAAACCUUUCAAAGAAUCUGGAGCCAGAGGUGGAGAGCCGCGGUCUCUGAUCCCUCUGCAGCAUGAAGUCACAUCAAGAAUGCAAACCUUUCUGUGAAGAAAAGAAACACCUUGUCCAGUUCUUUGGUGAAGCAACCAGUGAAUGCACCAAGAAACUACCUGGACAGGAAGCCGGUCAGAAGAAUCAGCAAACAAACCAACCAAUGGCACCAACUAGGAGAACCAAGCAACCAAUCAACUGAACCAACUAAAUGAAGUAACCAGAGAACCAACCAGGAGGAUCUCUCAGAGUUCCCAUACCCCAUCAAGAUCAGCAUUUACUGACAUUAGAAACUGACUUAUGGUCUUUAUAAUCUAAUGUAAUGUUUAUAAUCUUUGAGAUGAUUUGGGAGCAUAGACAAAACCUCAACACCUGAUAUGAAAAGGUUGAUUUCGUCUUAAUCAAACCCAACAGUCUAACUGACGGUGAGAAUUGGCCCAGGCUUUAAUAAAGCCAACAUGAGCUGUGUGUGUGUUCAGGUACAUUUCUCUGCUCUGAUUUCUGCCGCCAGCUCUCUGACUGAUCCUGGCUGACAUUUACCUUUUAUAAGCCCAAAGACACAAUCCCUGAAAAUGUCACAGUAUCUGUUCAUCAGCAAAACAGGAAACGUUGCCCUCUCCACAGCCUGCAGGCGGCAACGCAGGUUGUUGAGCAACCGUUUAAAGCUCUGGUGAUGGAGGACCACUGGUAAUAUCAGGACACGUUUAACUGGUGGCAGAAGUCUCUUCUGUGUACAACUUGUUGGUUGGCCAAUGCAGUUGUCCAGAGGUUCUUGGUUGAGUGAAAUGACUUGGAAGUUACUCAGCAGCAGCUGUGAUAACAGCUGAGUUGGUCAGUUGGCCGGUAAAACUGGUGAAGGAAAUAAGCUUACAGCCUCUUGUUGUAUUUUCAUUGUACCAUGAAACCAGCAGAGAUGCAACAAAAAGAUUCAAACACAGACAUCAAACCAGAGACUGAGAGGCUUUAGAGAAAAGUCAAAAAGUGCUUCAAUGGCAGGAUGAAAAACAUGUAGAAUAACUAAAUAAACUAUCAAGAACACUACUCAGGAACCCAAUAAAGAAACCAACAGAGAACCAAUUAGGGAUCUAACAACUAGGAAAUUGAUCAGGAUAAUCAAUCUGGGAACGACUAAACAAGGAAACGCCUUAACCAAAAGAGUCAACCACAGACCCAACGAGAGAACAAAUUAGGAAACCUUAAAGGAAAACCAGUCAGGGAGCAUAACAUGAAUCCAGUUUGGAAACUGAUCAGAAAAAUCAACCUGCAAAGGAACUAACCAAGGAAACAACCUGGAAAUUAACCAAAAGAGUCAACCACUGGAACCAACAACAGACCCAACAAGGAACAUAGCAAAGAAUCAAUCAAGGCACAAGUCAGAAAGAAAUAACCAAUCAAUCAAUCACUCAAUCAAUCAAGAGAAUUGAUAAUAUAACCAACCAGUGGAUGAAAUGUGCCUUCCAUCCAACAUAUUUGGAUGUUGUGUGCUGUUGUUGAUGGUGUGAAGGUUAUGAAGCAGAUUGUUUGAUAAAUACUGAUGUAUUAAAUUAUAAUCCAGUUGUUUCAUUAUUGCAGACUGGAAUUCUAUUUUUAUGUCGUGUAAAAUGAAGUAACGUCCUGCUCAGACUAACCUGAUAAAUAAAAUGAAAGGAUUUCAGUAAAAAAAAAAUUCUUCCCUGUUCAGUGUUUAAUCUCUCAGUUAAAAAAUGUGUUACAAAGCAAACUGAAUUACCCAGAAUAAAAAUAAAAACACCUGCUCUGUUUUCUUUAUUUUUAUCCACAUCUGAACUCAUAAACUCUAUUUCUGUUGCUAAUGUCUUUGCUCAGAACUGGAGGCAAAUGAAUGGUGACGAUCACACAGUGAUGUUCAGACUGUUUGUGUUUGUGGCCAGUCGAGCUGCCCGCUGCAGGCUGUUUGAUUUCUAAAUAUCCCACGUUAAACAUUUCUCGUCAGGCGGACGGCAGGAUCAGCCAGGCUUCGCUGGGUUCUGCCAGAAAUGACAGAUGGCUGGUCCAGGCCUGGCCCGAGGUGGACUGUGAGAUAAAACUAACGUCCAGCUGAUAGAAAGUCUGUUUGGG